AAUGACUCACGGAUCUCGACUUCUCGAAGGAUACGCGGAUACCCCGCUUCUCACAAUUUCCAGUUCACAACUCCACAACGCCUUGAAAACCCAUUCAAUUUCAACUCCAGCCAGUUCAUCCAGGCAACUACUAAAAAGAAGUCCACCAUGACCAUCUCCAGCACGUCCUCUAUUUGCCUCGAAUGCAACUCUCGGGCGAUUGAGUGCCUCCAAGAAGGCGAUCCAUGUGAAGCUACCCGCCUUUUAAAGGUAGCUCUGACUCGCCUGCAAUCUGACAUGACUUUCAUCAAGUUCCAAAACAACGCCGCUGCUCCCCAAGACGACGUUGCGUCUUGCUUUACAUACGGAUCCAUCUACGGUAUCUCCGUGUCUCCCGACCUCCUUACUGCCUCCUUGUUCCAAUCUCAAGAUAACCUCUUCCCAUGCUACUUUCGAGCAUUCGAAGUGGACGAGAACGCCCAAGAAUCCCUCAAUACAUCCACCACCUUUGUGAUUGUCCUCUACAACCUCGCUCUCUCCAUGCUGCUCGAGUCUCAGUACAAGGGACGCCGGAUAAGCCGACAUGAAAUCGCCGUUGUCCUGCAAAUGUUCCAAGCUGCCCUGAAGGCUGCCAAUGUCCUCUGGGAUAAUGGACACCGCGAAGAAGUCCUAUAUCUGGUCCUUGGAAUCACUACCAACUUGGGCUUUCUCCACAGCCUGUGUCACAAUGUCAAGGAAGCACGGGAUCAUCUUUUGUUGGCUGUGGAUCUCGUGGGACAUGCCGCUGCAGAAGAUGUUGUGCCGCUGGAAGACUAUGAGUUCUUCUACACCAGCACUUGCAUGUUCUCUUCGGGUGUAAACUUGAACAUUGCUCCUGCUGCUUAAAAGUGGCCAGCUUCCUCCUCCAUUCCUUGACUUCUACAUACCUAUAUACAUCUUCCCUAUUACUAAUAGUGUACUAUAAUCAAUCUUUCACCCCCCUACCU